CUACCAAUGAAACGAGAUAUUUAGGGCGCCCUCUAUUGACCCUAAUUGAACGGUCUCUUGAUUAUCGUCUACCAUCAUGGGUAUCUCCAGGGACAGGUGGCACAAAAGACGAAAGACUGGUGGCCGUCGGGCCCCUCUUCGUAAGAAGAGAAAGUUCGAGUUGGGUCGCCCGGCUGCUAUGACCAAGAUUGGUGCCAAGCGUGUCCAUCUUGUUCGAUGCAUGGGAGGCAACAUUAAGUUCAGAGCUCUCCGUCUUGAGCAGGGAAACUUCGCCUGGGGCUCAGAGAACACUGCCCGCAAAAGCCGUAUCCUGGACGUAGUCUACAAUGCCAGCAACAAUGAGCUCGUCCGUACCAAGACAUUGGUGAAGAACUGCAUCGUUCAAAUCGACUCCACACCCUUCAGACAGUGGUACGAGGCCCACUACGCCCUCCCCCUCGCCCGCAAAAAGGGUGCCAAGCUGACCGAAGCAGAGGAAGAAGUCCUCAACAGGAAGCGCUCAAAGAAGGCAGCCAAGAAAUACGAGGAGCGUAAGAAGACAGCCAAGAUCAGCAGUCUCCUUGAGGAUCAGUUCGGCACCGGUAGACUGCUAGCUUGCAUUUCAUCCAGACCAGGACAAUGUGGCCGUGCUGACGGAUACAUCCUGGAAGGCAAGGAGCUCGAGUUCUACCUCCGAAAGAUCAGAUCCAAGAAGGGAAAGUAAGCGGCGCAAAACAAUCAGUGUUAACUGCUACAAAAACACUCUAAGAAAGAUGCCACACAUACAUUAUAGUUAUUACUACAGAGACAGCAACUGAAAUAACAGCUGUGGUUAUGACUGUGGCUUGUUUACUACAGCCAUAGCCAAAGACGCUUGUUUCCGAUACUUCACUCUGUGUAAUUGUGUUAGAUUGUCCGGUGAGGAGAUACAAAUAAAAAUAAGUCAUCAACUUUGCAGAUUAAACCUGAA